AGUUCCCCAAGUUCAAAACCAAGAAAAAGAACACAACCCCUUCUGUUAAUUUCAAAGUUAAACAACAUACUAUCGAUUUGGAUUUGUUUACCCUUUUCUUGGGUAUAACGAUUUAGUUGAGAUUGAUUGAAGAAAACAGUAAUGGUGAAGGAGCCGCUUCUGUCCCCUCCUCCUUCUUCACUGCUACCUCUUUCUUCUUCUCUUCUUCGGUGUCUUUACAUUGGACAUUUUCUGGCCAGAUGGGGUGCUAGAAUGUGGGAAUUUUCUGUUGGUCUGUAUAUGAUCAGUGUGUGGCCUAAUUCUCUACUCUUUGCGGCCAUUUAUGGUGUUGUGGAAUCUGCUUCCACUGCUUUCUUUGGUCCAAUUGUUGGAGACUUGGUUGAUAAGUUAGCAUACGUCAAGGUUCUGAAAAUUUGGCUCGCGACACAAAAUAUUUCAUACAUUAUUGCUGGAGUGACCGUGGUGGCAUUACUGUUCUACUCAGAUUUGAAAUCCACCUAUUUCACAGGAUUCAUUUUGCUUGUGAUAUUGACAAAUAUCACUGGAGCUGUUGGCGCUCUUUCGUCUCUUGCGGGUACCAUCUUAAUUGAAAGAGAAUGGGUGGUGGUGAUAUCAGAACGCCGUCCUCCAGAAGUACUGACAAAUAUAAACUCUAUGAUGAGACGUAUCGAUCUAGUCUGCAAGCUGCUUAGUCCUGUAAUAUCUGGUUUCAUCAUUAGUUUCAUUUCUUUGAAAGCAUCUGCUAUGACGUUGGCGGUUUGGAAUAUCAUAUCAGUUUGGUUAGAGUAUUGGCUAUUCACUUCUGUAUAUGAUGGGAUUCCCGCUUUGGAAGAAAGCAGCCAAAGAAGGGUCUCAAGACUUGCUUUAAGGGAUAUGGGAGAGAGUAGUUCUGUAUCUCAGCAAAUAGAGAGGUUACUUCCAAACGAUGUUGAUGCACGAUCGGCUGAAAGGAGCUGGAAAGUGAAAGUGUUUAACUGGUUCUCAAAGGUCCCUUUUGUUAGUGCAUGGAAGGUGUAUUUGGAGCAAGACACCGUACUCCCGGGGGUCGCUCUCGCUCUGUUAUUCUUCACAGUCCUUAGCUUCGGAACUUUAAUGACUGCAACCUUAGAAUGGGAAGGUAUACCUGCCUAUAUCAUUGGAAUUGCACGUGGAGUAAGCGCUACAAUCGGCAUUGCUGCAACACUUGUUUAUCCUAUUGUACAGUCUCGAAUCUUGACGCUUCGAACAGGACUCUGGUCUAUUUGGUCUCAGUGGACCUGCUUACUAGUGUGUGUUGUUUCAAUAUGGAUACAAAACAGCCUCUUGUCAGCAUACAUGCUGAUGAUGGGAGUGGCAGUGUCUCGGCUCGGACUUUGGAUGUUCGAUUUGGCUGUAAUCCAACAAAUGCAGGAUCAAGUACCAGAAUCUGAUCGAUGUGUUGUUGGAGGUGCACAAAAUGCUCUCCAAUCAACCAUGGACUUGAUGGGAUACGUUAUGGGAGUCGUCAUCUCGAACCCCCAGGACUUUUGGAAGUUGGUUCUGAUAUCGUUCACAGCAGUGACUUUGGCGGCGUUGCUCUACACCGUCCACCUCUACCGCAUCCGAAAGCAUCUGUUUCACAUGGAGAAGUUGGCUUCUUGCUGCUCAAGAUGGCCGUUAAGUUUUACUGUACAUUCUUCUCUCUACUGAAAGUGAAGAAUAUAGUUUCUUCCCUUUGCUUCCCAAAUUGUUUGGUAUUAGUUAAUGGCGAGGAAGGAAACUAGAUUAAUAAAAAAUUCAAGUUAAGGCUUAAAAUCACCUAAAGCCAACUCUGAAAAUACAUAGACCACUAGGCACAUAAUUUUUGGUUAAAAAGAAAAACAAUCAAAUUUAGUAACUUAAUUAACUAUGCCUUGUAAAUGUAAUCGAUCGAUCAUAAUACGGAAUGUGGGGUUUAUAUUUUGUAAUUGUAAUGAACUAUGGAAUCUCCAAUGAAAUUUGUAGUGGGAUUGUGAAUGUGUAUGUGCUCAAUUUGAUUA